AUGGCGCCCCAGCCUCAUUCCUUUCUCUUGCACUUGGUGCAAUCUGGAGAGUUCAGCGACUUCACUCUUCUUUGUAAGGAUCGCGAGUUCAAGCUUCACCAAAUGAUCGUCUGCCCUCAGUCGCCUGUCAUCACCGCUGCGCUUCGCGGCGGCUUUGAGGAAACGGCAUCAAAGAUCAUCACUGUCAAUGAAUUCGAUGUCGCGACCGUUUAA